AUGGGUACUUGUAUCGUCCCACUCUCCGGCGACAAGCCCUUCUUCACCAUUGUCUUGUCUAAGGGCCAUGUAGAUAAGCCUGCCCAGCUGGAGAUCCCGAGUCGUCUCCACUCCCACCUGCCGGGCUCGCGCGUCCCAGCAGUGCUCCUGUUCGGCAACCAGUCAUGGGCGGUGACCUACUGUGGUGAACUCAAGUGCAAGAAGCUCGGUCCGGGGUGGAGGGACUUUGUCGUCGCCAACCGUCUGCGCAUCGGGGACGCCUGCGUCUUCGAGCUCAUCACGCCAGCUGCUGGAGGAACUGGGAGUGAGGGUGAUGGGAAGGUGGUGUUCCGGGUGCAGGUGCUGCGCGGGGACUUGCCGGAGGAGAUCACCUCCAGGGGCGCCACCUCUCGGGAUCCCAUUGUCAUCGUGGACAACUAAGAACUGCACUCUGUUUAGCAGUAGCUAGUAGCUAGUAGGAGAUGACAAAUGGCUGCAAGCUAGUAGCUAGUAGGAGAUGAAAAAUGGCUGCAUGUUUGUUGUUUCAGACUCUAUUUAUGUGUCGUGUUGUUGGUGCAUGCUCAACUGUAGUUGAAUUUGUGUAUCCUGCUAUCUGUGACUGGAAGGUUAAUUUCAUGAAA